AAUAUCCCCGUCUCAGCUGCUGUUAUUCAGACAGAUCUGCACUGACAACAGCUUGAAGGAGCAUAAAGUUGAGGUAUUUAUAUCUGGGUGAAAAAAAAAGAGGACCGUUAAUUCCAUUUUCCUUUGCAGAAUGUGGCUCCAAGUGGCUCUUGUGUCGUUCCUCAUUUCGGCCAGCCAAGUUCAGGCUGAAGACCAUGCGUCCCUGCGCCACUCCAACGAUGCUGCUGGACGCUGUCAGUACACCUUUACUGUGUCCAGCCCCCAGGAGACCAGCUGCACCGGGGACAACGGGAGACCUGAGAUGGAGGGAGUCCUGUCCCGGCUCACCCUGCUUGAGGCUCUGGUUAGCCGGCUGAUAGCUGGAGCAGGUACCAGGAGUGAUGCUGAGGUGGGCCUUCCAGAGACUUUCUCCCAGAUAACAGGUGAAAGAAACCAACUGAGAAUGGACAAAGAUCAACUGAGCAGGCAGAUCCAGGAGCUCCACAAGAGGGUGACGGAACUCAGCCACGAGACUGAGAGCCUCAGGCAGAAGCCCUGCCUGCAGACAAACACCUCAGCAGACACUCGCAGAAAACUCAACCACAGACUUGCCAGUGAUCUUGAAAAUGAUUUCAGAAAUGAUGCCUAUCAAGAGAUGAAGGCAGAAGUGUCAGAAGUCCCAGCAUCCCACCUGCUUCCUGAUCGAAAUGGUUCCAGUUGCGGCGAGUUGCUCUCUGUGGAAGAUCCUGUGUUACACAGGAAAGCUGACGGUUUUACAGGGAAGUACGGAGUUUGGCUGCAGGAUCCCGAGCCUCAAGGAACUCAGUAUAGCAACAAGACAGUGUGGCGUAUCGAUACAGUGGGCAAAGAUGUGCGUCAGUUGUUUGUAUACGAAGACAUGAAGCAGUUCACCCACGGCCCCCCCAUGAAAAUCCUACUCCUGCCCGAAGCGGUCGAGAGUACGGGAGCGACGAUAUACCGAGGCUCCCUCUACUACCAGCGUAAACUCAGCCGCACCCUGAUCCGCUACGACCUGGCCUCAGAGAGCCUGGUAUCGCGUCGGGAUCUCCCUCACGCCGGCUUCCACGGCCAGUACCCUUACUUGUGGGGGGGCUACACUGACAUCGACCUGGCGGUAGAUGAGCAAGGUCUGUGGGCCAUCUACAGCACCAGCAAGGCAAAAGGCGCCAUUGUGCUUUCUCAGCUGGACCCCGAGAACCUGGAAGUCAAGAGAAGCUGGGAGACUAAAAUCAGGAAGAACACUGUGGCCAACGCGUUCCUGGUGUGUGCUCGUCUGUACACGGUGGCUAGUUAUACAGCGGUUAACACCACCAUCAACCAUGUGUUCGACACGGCCACCAAGACGGGCCGCGACCUCUCUGUGCCCUUCAAAAAUAAAUAUCGUUACAAUAGCAUGGUGGACUACAACCACGCCCAGCGAAAGCUGUUUGCCUGGGACAACUUCCACAUGGUCAGCUAUGACAUUCGAGUGGGUGGGGCUAGUAAGUGAAGAUGACAGUGGAGAGAGUGGGAUUAUUUUCAAAAACAACGGCAACAACAUAAUC